CUUCGAUCGCGUCCAUCCCAGAUUCUGCAUCUCCAAGAUGCAGAUCCGCUUCCACUCAUGAGUGAUACCACCACCCUUCCAGUGCCGCAGCUGCGGAAGAGGACAUCCAGCAAGAUGUCCCUCUUCAGCCUCUUCAGCAAGUCCAAGGUCGACAAGCUCCAAGGUUGUGCGGAACUGGGUCUGGAUAUCCCAGAGCCUCCGACGCGAACACAACAUGCUGACGCAGAAAGCGCAAGCCUGCGGCCUUCGACCUCGAAAUCAUACUCAGCGAAAGCCGCGAUGCUAGCUAUCACAGACUCAUCGCCUGUGGUACCUAUUGAUCGCACUGGCAGAGCGCGCACGUUUGAACCUCCUCCGCUGUUCCAGGUCUGGCCGCAAGCUACGAAGCAUGCAUCAUUUGAAGUGUCUCAUCUGCCACCAGAGACGGCCUCGCAGAGGUCUAAGCACCGCGGACUUGGUACAGCACUGCAUGUGCCAAAUGCAGACGCGCAAUCGGUGCAUUUGUCUGGGGAGAGACACAGCUUCGAGUCUCGAAUGAAACUAAAACCAAGUUCACAGGAUCCUGACGAUGGAUCUGUUUCGCCGGUCAACUUGCCUACAAAGCUCAUGGUUCUGGUCACUUCUGGUUAUUUGUUGCAGUACGCAGCUACUGGAGACCCACAGCGAUUCCCCGAGAAGGUUUUACAGCUUCAGAAGGACAGCGCUGCGUACGCGUGCGAUCUGAUACCUGGCAAGCAUCACGUUCUACAAGUUGUUCAAUCCGUGGACGACAGUGGAGUCAUAAUGAACCCAGCUUCAACCUUUUUCUCGAAGCUCGGUCUGCGGAGUCAGGCCACACGCCGUGCUGCUUCGAACAUGCUGUUGGUCAUGUCUGGAGCGGAGGACAUGGAUGAAUGGAUGACUGCCAUCCGAGAGGAGAUUGAAAGGCAAGGAGGUAAACGAGCGAGAUCAGGCUCUUCGUCAGGCAGGGCUCGAGAGUGCGAUUCGUCGAUGCCCGCUCUGGUGCCAAGUCUGAGCCAUCGUUACCAAGUCAAGAGGAGCGCUUCAAUUGCGAACGUUUCGCCUGCGAAGCCGCGGACAGCCGAUGCCGACACAGCUCCCCCGACUACAACUGAUAGGAAGAGCCAGGACACAGGUGCUGCCAAGAGCGUUGAGCAAAGACAGAUGACUCCAAUCGAUCAGGCAAGUUUGUCACGACCUCGCGCUACCUCGGACACCCCGUCCAUCAGCUCGUCUAUAGCAGUAUCGGAGGAUCAGAAGCAGCUUGACAAGCUGCGCGAUAGCGCACGUUCGUCGCACGCCUCGACUACGCCAACAGCGUCAGCCUCUUUGACUUCCCGCACCAACUCGAUAACUUCAAGCCCACCUAUGGAGCUUACGAAAGAGAGUCCCAGCCUUCAACAGGACGACCUGACUGUCAACCGAUUAUACCGCAAUCUCUCAUCCUACUCGAUCUCGAAGCGACGGUCUGCCGUGCUAGCGUCGGCGCCACUUAUAUGGGAGCCUCUGAGCCCAGAAACCGAGGCCAAGCGCGAGACGGUCGAAAAGUCGCGGGGCUUCCCUGCGCUGAAGCAGCCGCUGUGUUCAGCCCAGAGUAUGCUGAAGGGCAAGCAGGCAGGCAAGAUCAGCUCUGGUCGUCCUCCGCAUCCUGGAGAUCAAGUCAGACCCGAAUCGUUCCUGGCCGAGCUGCCUAACCCUAGUACAUACACAUUGAGUCUGCAGCACUCUCGGUCGAGCCCGGAUAUUUCGCAGUCCCGCACACUCCAUUCAAUCCAGACGAGGCCGCCGAAGCAAGAUUCUCAUUCCUUCAGCCUGCCUCUUCGGAUCAACACCAGCGACAGCAUGCUCCGGCAACCUAGCCGCAGGCGCGUUUCGCAAUAUACAGAAACAGAUAUUGGCCUACGUUCCCCCAUACCGGCCGCAACCACUCUGAUUGCCAAGGUCGAUCCCACUGCUGUAGCCGGCACGAAUCAAAGGUCGUUCGCAGAGCACGCGGCUGCAGCAGCUGCAGCCAUGGACCAGUCUAGACGCGCUUCUGUUGGCAGGCUAUCAUUGUUUCCACCCGUGUCACCAGUAGGGCCACCACAAUCCGCAUCGCCCGUUGAAGGUAUCAGCGCCACAUCUGGGCAAGCAUUCCGGCAGUCUAGCUCCCUUCGCCGACCAGCAUCUCUCCAGGUUCGAACCGACGUCGCGUUAUUGCUGUCCGCGCCACGACUAUCUCCCGUGUCACCCAACACUCGGGCGCGAUCCAGCGCGGCGCUUCCCAGACGAUCCCUCAAGCCUUCUCGAUCGGCUGUCGCCAUAUCAGGCCGUGUAUCUCCAGCACGAGCUGCCGGAGAGACAUUCAAUUUCAGCACCCGCAGAUUCAUUGGAGAACAGGCAGACGAAGUCACGCCUCUCCCCACGAGAUGCGAAUCUCCUUAUAAGCUCUCGCAUGAGCGUAGAGUGAGAGCUUCUGCCUCGCUGCCCGAGAUGGACUGUGGCAUUUCUCUGGUUGGUCUGGGACCACCUGCACCUCCACCUACCGCGCCUUUGCCGGAACUUCCUCCUGCAGGUCGGCCGUCGAGCCGAGCCACGAGUCGCGCCGGCAGCAGGCAAGGAACACAUCCACGCAGUUGCACGCCGAUUGGCGUCGCACUCGGCGGAUCACCGACCAGUGCGCAUGGUUCACCGGCUCCUACGAUGCACAGCGUCGGCCUGGGCAUCGAAGUCGGCGGGUACUGAGCGAAAAGGCUCAAGCACCACUCUUACGACCGCCACUACUAAGACGACUAAUUACUUGACGAAUCUCAUACCGGAGGGUCUUUCUUUUUUCUUUUUCUUUUCAUUUUCUUUUCC